AUCACUUGUGUCAGAAUUGUACUUAGCAUAUCUAUUCAGACAGAGAUCGAGAGAGACUAGACCAAAUCGAAAAUGCAGUACAAGAAUCUGGGCAAAUCGGGACUGAAAGUGAGCACGCUCUCGUUCGGAGCGUGGGUCACUUUCGGCAACCAGCUCGACGUGAAAGAAGCCAAAUCGAUUCUCCAGUGCUGCCGUGAUCACGGAGUCAACUUCUUCGACAACGCCGAGGUCUACGCCAAUGGCCGAGCCGAGGAGAUCAUGGGUCAGGCGAUUCGCGAGCUGGGCUGGCGCCGAUCCGACAUAGUCGUCUCCACCAAGAUCUUCUGGGGUGGGCCUGGUCCUAACGACAAGGGUUUGUCGAGGAAACAUAUCGUCGAAGGAACCAAAGCUUCUCUCAAACGACUCGAUAUGGACUACGUUGAUGUCCUCUAUUGCCACAGGCCUGAUGCUUCAACACCUAUUGAAGAGACGGUGAGAGCGAUGAACUAUGUGAUUGAUAAGGGUUGGGCGUUCUACUGGGGAACAAGUGAAUGGUCGGCUCAGCAAAUCACCGAGGCAUGGGGAGCUGCUGAGAGGCUUGAUUUGGUUGGUCCAGUCGUGGAGCAGCCUGAGUACAACAUGUUCACUAGGCACAAAGUUGAGUCAGAGUUUCUUCCUCUGUACACCAACCAUGGCAUAGGUCUCACUACUUGGAGCCCACUUGCGUCUGGUGUGCUCACUGGUAAAUACAACAAGGGGUCUAUUCCUUCAGACAGCCGGUUUGCAUUGGAGAACUACAAAAACCUUGCCAAUAGAUCACUUGUGGAUGACGUGCUGAAGAAAGUUAGCGGGCUCAAACCGAUUGCAGAUGAGCUAGGUGUGACCUUGGCUCAGCUUGCAAUCGCAUGGUGUGCUUCAAAUCCUAAUGUGUCAUCUGUUAUCACCGGUGCCACAAGGGAGUCACAGAUUCAAGAAAACAUGAAGGCUGUUGAUGUGAUACCGUUGUUGACACCACAUGUUCUGGACAAGAUCGAGCAAGUUAUACAGAGCAAACCGAAACGUCCUGAAUCGUACCGCUAAAACCAAAUCCUGAGAUCUAUCUUCUGUAUUUGAUUGGUUUCAGAAGAGUGUUGCUGAAAAGAAAAAAAAGGAUAUCAUUUGUAGGCUGUGUGUGAUGGUUGUUCUUGGAAGUUGUCACGUGUUGGCUUUGUUUGUUCUCAUGCAUCUUUAAGACUCAGAGACAGAGAGAGUAAUGUGUUGUUUUCCACUUCUUAAAACGAGUCUAUUGUUGUUAUUUGUUAGUGAAACUUAAAAGUUGGUUCUUGUAGUUGCAAUGUCAUGAGGUUAGUAGUA